GCGAAAUUCUGAAAGUUCUGGUAGCGGGUGCGGUCUGGGCUGCGGUUGUGAGUUAUGAUGAAGUUUACGGGACCGACUGAAAUUUGACUGGAUGAGGGAACUUCUGGUGGCCUUGCAGAACGUUCAGAAAGGAGCCAGACAUGUCCUUAGCAGCCGACCAGCACAUUCCAGAGAUGGAAGUUGCUGUAGGUAAUGAUGAUGGAUGCAGUUUAAGUUCACAGACACUUGGAGAGGAGCUGAACUCUUACACAGUAAGAGAUAAGGAGCCAGUGUUCCUCCUGCAAGAUGCAGAACCUCAGACCACUGAUGAAUCGCCUCGGCUGUCAGCUGCCUCUUCGAGUAGCACUGACAAGUUAUCAGGCACAGAAUACUAUGACUCUGACCGGCCUGUGAGUGUUCUUUCAACUACGUCCUCCAGCUCCUAUCACGAAGGCUGCAACUUCUAUGAGAGUGUUAAUGGUGGGACACGAGAAGACAAGCAUUUUGGUAACGGGUUUGUGCGCCCUGAAAUGGAGCUAAUGGCGUCUGCGGCAGGGAGCUUUCAUGCUGUAUACCGGGAGAUGCAGAAUGGGGUUAAAGGGAGCAGCACACAAACUAAUAGCAAUACAGUGAAUAGACGUGGACGUAUGGGCUCCAGAUCUUUGUCACCUUUUGGAACAAAAGUCAGCGUCAUUACUCAUAAACUCAACUAUGUUGAACGUGUAGUGAUGGAAAUUCUAGAAACUGAGCGGAUGUAUGUCCAGGACCUGCGGAGUAUAGUAGAGGAUUACCUGGGAGGGAUCAUAGACAAACAAGAACUGCUCCCCAUGAAGCCUGAGCAAGUCAGUGCUCUUUUUGGAAACAUUGAAGAUAUUUAUGAACUGAACAGUGAGCUUCUGCAAGAUCUUGACAACUGUAAGAAUGACCCAGUAGCCGUGGCCAGUUGCUUUGUGGAAAAGAGUCAGGACUUUGAUAUCUACACCCAGUACUGCACCAACUACCCCAACUCUGUGGCUACCCUGACAGAGUGCAUGAGAAACAAAGUCCUGGCCAAGUUCUUCCGGGAUCGUCAAGAGCUACUUAACCAUUCCCUCCCACUGGGGUCCUAUCUCCUGAAACCAGUACAGAGGAUUCUCAAAUACCAUCUCCUGCUACAGGAGAUAGCCAAGCACUUUGAUAUGAAGGAAGAGGGGUAUGAAGUGGUAGAGGAAGCCAUAGAGACAAUGACUGGAGUGGCCUGGUACAUCAAUGACAUGAAGAGGAAGCACGAGCAUGCUGUGAGAUUACAGGAGAUCCAGUCUUUGCUGCUAAACUGGAAAGGUUUGGACCUCACUACUUAUGGGGAGCUGGUUCUGGAGGGGACGUUUCGGGUCCAGCGUGCUCGCAGUGAGAGAUGCUUCUUUCUCUUUGACAAAGCACUGUUCAUCACAAAGAAACGCGGUGAUCAUUUCAUCUAUAAAACCCACAUUCCGUGCUCGAGUUUGAUGCUGAUCGAGAGUGCAAGAGAUUCUCUUUGCUUUAGUGUAACGCACUAUAAGAAUAGUAAACAGCAACAUAAUUUGCAGGCCAAGACCAUGGAAGAGAAACAUCUAUGGACUCAUCACAUCAAGAAGCUUAUUUUAGAGAAUCACCAUGCGAUCAUCCCGCAGAAGGCUAAGGAAGCUAUUUUAGAGAUGGAUUCGAUAUAUUCUGCACGAUACCGGUACAGCCCAGAAAGGUUGAAAAAGACCAUGUCUGCAAUAGAACCCGGGGUCACAAAUCGUUCAGGACGUAGACAAUCAGAGCCUUCCAAGCACAUUCUAAAGCAAUUGGGAGAGAAAGUUGGAUUAAAGCAUGCAGGCAGUGAUGGAGUACUUCUGGAAUUUGGGGACACACUCCAGCCCAGUAUCAACGACCUGGCAACCAGCCCUGAGCAGCCUCAGGCUGAUGAGAAGAAGGAGCAAAUGGCUAAUACAGAGCUGAGUACAAACUCGGGGGCAGAGCUCAGUGCCUCUGAGGAUGAGGAGGAUGAGGAGAUACAUUUGGGAGAUGACCAGACCAGGGAAAUGGUUCCACACGAUGCACCAAAAGGGUUCAAAAGGCAAAAUAGUCAGUGUUCUGGGAACGCAGAGAAGAGGCGCAGUGUGGAAGUUAAUUCUCAGGAGAUUGUGGAUGAAAUGGAAAAGGAGAAUUCGGAGCCAAACGAGAUGUAUGGUGAUCAGCUGGUGAGCUCAAAUGAGAUGCUCUUGGCUCCCUCAGAUCCCGUGGAAGAGAACCAUCAGGUGGAAGAACAAGUGGUGCCUACAAAUGUCCAAGAUCCAGUGGACAAUGUAGUAACAGAAAAUAUAGAAGAACUUAAGACCUUUAGUAGCGAAGAAGAUGAAGAGGAGACAACAUCCCAUGAAUCAGACAGUAUACUUCCUCCUUCAGUCUUGGACCAAGCAAGUGUUAUUGCUGAAAGGUUCAUAAACAACAUGUCCAGGCGCAGCAGCUUGGCUAUAGAUGAUGGGAAAGUUGUUGGAUACAUAACUCCUAGGUUAACAAGCCGAAGCAGUAGUGCUAUAAGUCUGGAUAAAAUUCCAUAUCAGAAUGGACCCUCUGAUCUUCUUCCACAACAAGAUACAGGUGAUGCUUUUGAGACUGUAACAGAGUCAUCACUUAAUAAAAUGAACUCUGUCAGUACAGAGAAUGUGUUUGAGGAGCGAGAGAGACAAACAUGUAAGCGGAGGGAAUCCAUUCUUUCCAUUCAAGACAGACAGCUCCUAGACAAAAUAAAAACAUACUAUGAUAAUGCAGAACACCAAGAUGCACAGUUUAGCAUCAAGCGUAGAGAGAGCUUGACAUACAUUCCUGCUGGGCUUGUUAGGAACUCUGUCUUUAAAAUUAACAGCCUUCCAAGAUCUGAAACUCUCCAGAGUUGUUUGUCAAGACAAAGAAUGAGCAGCUCUUCUAGUAAUGCCAGCAACAAGAACAGCAGACAUUCAUCAUGGUCAGAUGUUCCCAGUGUCACCAUUGAAAGAGAGCCAGAGUUGCCUAGUUCUCAAACACAACUGCCAUUGGCACCAGCCAAGAAUGGGACUGUAGAAUAUAAUCUCCCUAUUUCAGAUGAAGAAUUUAAAUCCCCAGGGGAGAUGAUUAAAGUUUGGGAUGAAAUUGAGAAAGUUAGUGUCUGGAAUGAGGAAUCUAUGGUUCAGAAAAGUAAAAAAGAUGAAGAUGUGACUUCUCCCAAAAGUGAAGACAUACCUCCAAGAACUGUGGAGAAUGGUUUUGGAACUCAUGAGCCAUUAAUUAUCCUUGAGGACAGUGACCUCAGCACUAUAGCAGAAGAAUCUCCAAUUCCUACCCCAGAGAGCACCUCACCAAAUCAGACUGUAAGUCAUGCCAACAAAAUGAGCAUUAAUGAACAGGACUUUAAAACGCCGAUCAGGAUCCAUCCCAAGAUCAUGCAGCUUGCUAACUGCAUGAACGAGGAUAUGUCAGAAAAGAUGAAGAACAAGGUGUAUCAGUUAGCCAGACAAUAUAGCCAAAGGAUUAAAGCUAACAAGCCUAUUCCACACAGACAGCUAAGAGAGAUUGAGGAGGAUCUGAGAAGAGGCAGUUUACCAUCUGUGGAAGAGGAAAAGCAAGAAGAAAAAGGUAAACUGAAGCCAACGUUGUCUCUUCCAGCCUAUGACCACAUUGUCCUCCAAGAACACAGCCCAACCACACCCACAUCUGCCUCAUUCAGAGAGAAAUCACCCAAGCGUCUGUCCUUCUCCAAUUCUUGUGAUAGCCCCGAAACUGCCUCACCUGUGAAGUCUGACUGUAGGAGCCCUCUUAGUCCUGUCAAUACUGAAAAAUUCCAUUGGCCAGAGGUCAGAGAGCUUCGAUCUAGAUAUAUUGGGUCAUCUAUUACAGGCAAGACCCUUCCUGUCAACAGGAGUCAUUCUGUGCCAGAUAAAAUGGUUGAACACGAAGAGAAACAAAACAAAGCAAACAUUAGCCACUCGCAUAGCAUGAAUGUUAAAUGCACAGAGAGUGUAAAUUGCAAGUCAACAGAAAUGAGCCCUCCCAACACCAAAAUAUUGGUCCAAGUUGACCAGACUUCAUCACCCAAACUAAAUAUUGACUUAGGGACCACCUUGCAGAGCAACAGGGAUUCUGGGCAAGGUCUAGAUAGCUUGUAUUACAUAAGUGCAGAAGCACCGCUUGAGAACAAUAAAAAAGUGAUUGUUGUGGAAAAGGUUCCGCUGGGCAAAGAUAUUGCGGAUUAUUCUACAAAUGAUCUAGAAAACGAUGAUACCUUUGUCCAUAUCAGAUCUCCCACCACGCGAGAGAAAAUUUCUAUUAAAGCUGUCAUUGAACGAUGCAAAGCUUACCAGGACUCUGAGGAAUAUAGAAGGAGAGAGGGGUCCUUAAAAACAGAGGAAGGAACCACUGCAGAUCUUACACAUCCAGAAUCCAGCCAAGAGCAGAACCUUUUGCAAGAUGGGAGCCAGCAAACUCGGGUUAAAAACUUGAGGGAGAAAUUUCAGUCUUGAAAUCGAGUGGUAGCAAGCACACUGAUCUUCAGUAGUAAAUUUAGAUCAAUCAGAGCAAACAUUAGACAGACUUCCAAUGGAAGGUUCUUUUAUGGAAAUAUUUUUGUGACCACUAGAAAUGAAAUAGUUGCAAUUUAUUAUUAAAGACUGAUGGCUGUAAUUUAAAUAAGAACAGCACUUUGUAUAUAAUUUUUUUUUUUUUUUAAUUUCGCUCCAGGACAGAUUUUGUGGCAUUGCCUACUAAAGAUAUAAAAAGAAUCAUCCUUGGUCCUUCAGAAGGGAUAUUCUGGUUUUAUAAUUUUUUAAAACUGUAACCAUCACUAAGCUGUUGGUUCUUAACAUCCCAUUAAUAUUGUAUGGCUCUGUAUUAGAGGAACCAAAAGAUUGCUUUUUUCUUCUAUGAUGAAAUCACUAACACUUUUGCUGCUAGAUGGGGUUUUUCAUCACAUUCCAUGACACAUCUGACAGUGCAAGGGUUAAAAACCUUUUUAUACAUUUUCAGCUACUCUUAAUGUUAAGAAAAAGAUUACGGUUUCUUGUGCUAUUUAUUGGGGGGGGGGGUAUUUUUUUUUUCCUCCCAGUCUUUUUCCAUUUAAUAUUUCAGAUCCAUGUCAUAUAUAAAUUGCAUUUGUCUGUAAUUCUGUGUACUAUAAAUACAGUUCAUCCUGUAAAGUUCUGUUCAGUAAUUUAUAAGGAAGGUCUCCUUAGCAAAAUGAGAGCAGUAUAAGUUAACUCAUUGCACAACUCAAUAAACCAAUUAAAAUGCAAA